AUGGCCUUCAAGUUUCCCCAUUUUAUAGGGGACACAGAUAAGUGGCACGUGUAUCCCGUAAAAGUCGACGCUUACUUUGAAGCAAACGAGGUUACAGACGACGCCAAGAAGAGGGCACUGUUGGUUGCGGCGGUAGGAUCUAGGACCCUGGAGAUUCUUUGCGGUAGAGCAGCAACAAGAAAACCGAGCUCGCUAAGCUAUGAAGAAGUCGUUGCAACCUUGAAUGAGCACUAUGAUCCGUCUCCCAACGAGAUAUCGGAAAGUUUCAAGUUCUUUCAUCAAAGCCAACAGGAAGGAGAGUCUAUGCAGACGUUUGUCGUCGAGAUUCGUAGAAUAGCCCAUAACUGCAAUUUCUCUUCCAUGUUGCAGGGAAUGCUGAGGGAUCGCAUCGUUUGCGGAGUGCGGUCGAAAAACUUGCAGAAAGAGCUACUAGCGAAGAAGGACUUGACUCUUGUGGAAGCCGAAGCACUUGCUCUUGCAGCAGAAAGCGCAGAGCUAGGUUCGCAACAGAUGUACAGCCAAGGUGACGCCAAACUCGAGAUAAAAGGGGUGCCGCUUCUUUACAUCACGUCGCAGUCAGCCGAAGUGAAGCAGCAGAGCCAAGGAGCAGCACCCGUGAUGGAGAAGUUCGCUGACCUUUUCACAGAGGGCUUGGGACUCUUCAAGGGGCCACCCGCACGGCUGCAUAUAAAGGAUGGAGCAAUACCAAGGUUCUGCAAGGACAAAACGGACCAGGAGGAUGAGGCUCAAAUCGUACUGACCCCGGACCAGUGGGAUCAGCCUGCCGUGCCAUUAAAGGAACUCAAAGCACUCGCCGUCGCUGAUGAAGUACUCUCACAGGUACGCAAUUACACACGGGAAGGUUGGCUGCGCCGUUUUUACAUGGAAACGAAAGAAAUAGCAGAGUUCUACAAAAAGCGGCAUGAGCUGUCUGUUGCUGAAGAAGUGCUCAACUGGGGUAAUCGCCUUGUAGUGCCAAAAGAUGCGCGAGGGAAGCUGCUAAAGCUACUACAUGCAGCCCACCAAGGCGUGUCAAAGCUCGGCUUAGAGCACGACAUCAGAGCCGGCCCUGCCAAAGCUGCGAAUGACUCGAGCUGCAACUUUGCAUCGGGAGACUAUGUGUACGUGCGAAAUUACGGCGUCGGCGAUAAGUGGUCACCAGGCACUGUGGAAGCUACUUCUGGCACUUGCCUCCUGGAUGUUAAGAGUGCGGACGGGCUUGUCCGCCGCUAG